CUCCUCUCUCAGGAUGUGGAGGGUUAGAUCUCUCUCCUCUCUCUCCUCUCUCAGGAUGUGGAGGGUUAGAUCUCUCUUCUCUCUCUCCUCUCUCAGGGUGUGGAGGGUUAGAUCUCUCUCCUCUCUCUCCUCUCUCAGGGUGUGGAGGGUUAGAUCUCUCUCCUCUCUCCUCUCUCAGGGUGUGGAGGGUUAGAUCUCUCUCCUCUCUCUCCUCUCUCAGGGUGUGGAGGGUUAGAUCUCUCUCCUCUCUCUCCUCUCUCAGGGUGUGGAGGGUUAGAUCUCUCUCCUCUCUCAGGGUGUGGAGGGUUAGAUCUCUCUCCUCUCUCUCCUCUCUCAGGGUGUGGAGGGUUAGAUCUCUCUCCUCUCUCAGGGUGUGGAGGGUUAGAUCUCUCUCCUCUCUCAGGGUGUGGAGGGUUAGAUCUCUCUCCUCUCUCUCCUCUCUCAGGGUGUGGAGGGUUAGAUCUCUCUCCUCUCUCUCCUCUCUCAGGGUGUGGAGGGUUAGAUCUCUCUCCUCUCUCUCCUCUCUCAGGGUGUGGAGGGUUAGAUCUCUCUCCUCUCUCUCCUCUCUCAGGGUGUGGAGGGCACCGGUCUCGCCUUCAUCACGUUCACAGAGGCCAUGGCUUUGUUCCCGGCGUCUCCGUUGUGGUCCUUCCUGUUUUUCCUGAUGCUCCUGAAUCUGGGAUUGAGCACGAUGUUCGGGACGAUGCAGGGAAUCCUAACCCCGUUGAUGGACAGCUUCUCCGUCCUGAGGAGGAGACGCAGCCUCUUCACAGUGGGUUCCUGUGUCCUGGGCUUCCUGUUCGGGAUGCUGUUUGUUCUCCGUUCUGGUAGUUAUUUCGUCUCCAUGUUUGAUGAUUACUCGGCGACGCUCCCUCUGGUUAUCGUGGUUCUGUUUGAGACGGUCGGGGUGUGCUGGGUCUACGGCACGGAGCGGUUUAUGGAUGAUAUUGAGGACAUGCUUGGUUGGAGACCCCCUCUUCUCUAUAAGUUUCUCUGGCAGUUUGUUUGUGUCGCAUCGCUGGUGGUGCUGCUCCUGGCCAGCCUGAUCCAGAUGUGUGUGCAUCCACCCACCUACCGGGCCUGGGAGGAAGAGCAGGCUGUGGAGGUGUCCCGGGAUUAUCCCGGCUGGGGUUUGGGAAUGCUGGCUGGUCUCAUCCUGCUGGCCUCUCUCCCGAUCGCGGUCCUGUUUCUCCGGGAGCUGCUGCGCGAGAGAGGGGACCCCGAGCAGCCAGCCUCCCUGAGGAUCCCGCCCCCCGAACCACACAGCAAGAGCGUCCCGGAGCCCCACGCAGCCCUGCCAUUGGAGCAGAGCCGGCCGGGGGGUGGGGCCCGGCACAACGGCUUCCUCUCAUUGGAGGAGGAGGAGGAGGAGGAGUACAGGCUCCUCCCACAGGAAGAGGAGGGGCUUGCAGAGUACAGGCUCCUCCCACAGGAAGAGGAGGGGCUUGAGGAGGAAGGGAGCUUCCAGAGGACGGCUACUACAGGAUUAUAGACACACACAGAGAGGACAAAAAAUGGAAUUGUGUUUGUUUGCCAGUGAUAUAUAUUUAUAUAUAUAUAUAUAUUUUGUAUUUAUAAAUCUCCUUGACGCUGAAAGAACUACAAACAUGGAGCCUGGAGGCUUGGGUUUUCUAUCCGUGCCGCCAUCUUGAUUGUAGUUUUUAUUACAGCUGUUGUGUUGGGUUGGGUUCCUAGCCAGCUGGACAUUCGAACUGUGAGAACUACAAACAUGGUGGUCAAAUAUUUAAGGGCUUCUGUUAGUGCCGCCAUGUUUGUAGUUUCUUGCUGCACUGGACUGUGGUUUAGCUCAACAGGACUACAAACAUGGCUUCCAUCUGCUGUGCUUUACAACCAUCUUGACUGUAGUUUAUUAUUAGAUUACUGAACUCCGCCCUCUAGUGGAUUGGAGUUUAAGCCGCUAGUUCAGGUUUAUAGAAUGCUACUAAAACUCAAUACUAACAAAAACUACAGCCAAGAUGGCGGCGUACAUAGAAGCAGUGGCAUUUGUGCGCCAUAUUUGUAGUUUUUUUAUUUUCCCAGCCCAAUAAAUCAGGCCAGUAAAUCUCCUUAAUGAAUAAAAACUACAUUCAAGAUGGCAGAGUCCUCAGG